GCGCGCGCCGGAAGUGGCGGCGGGAGCGGGAGCGCUGAGCUGUAGGCCGGUGGGGCAGCGGCCCGGAGCCGGGGGCGGGGGCGUUGGUCAUGUUUCCCUGCGGGCCCGGUAGCCCCGGAGGGGACCGUAUGGCCGGAGCCGGGACUGAGGAGCCAGCCCCCCUCGGGGAGCAGGCGGUAGCCGUCGGGCCGCUCCCUGCCCCACUCUUGCCGCCGCCGCCGCCCGGGGCUGACGCAGCCCCUCCCCUGUCGCCCUCCAGGAGCCCUCGCUACGCCGGCAGCCCCUCGCCGCCCCCGGCCGCCGCGCGCGCCGGCGAGCCCUGGCCGGCGGGAGCCCCGAAGUCCUCCGCGGCUCCCGCCCAAGGAAAGCCGUCCCAGCCCUCCCCGCCGCGCCGGCGAGCUGGGCCGGACGGCGGGGUCGGCGCCAGCCUGGGCGGCCCGGGUGCCCGGCUGUUCGGGUGGCUGAGGGAGCGCAGCCUGGGCCGCGGAGUGUUCGUGGACCCGGCGCGGGACAAUUUCCGCACCAUGACGAACCUCUACGGUUCCAUCCAUCCCGCGGACUCGGUGUACCUCAGCACUCGCACCCACGGGGCCGUCUUCAACCUCGAGUACUCGCCCGACGGGUCAGUGCUGACAGUUGCUUGUGAACAGACUGAAGUUCUACUUUUUGACCCUAUAUCAUCAAAGCACAUAAAAACACUUUCUGAAGCCCAUGAAGACUGCGUAAAUAAUAUCAGAUUUCUUGAUAAUCGGCUGUUUGCUACCUGCUCUGAUGACACUACGAUAGCACUAUGGGAUCUGAGAAAAUUGAACAACAAAGUAUGCACUUUACAUGGUCACACUAGCUGGGUGAAGAACAUCGAAUAUGAUACUAAUACAAGACUCUUAGUAACAUCAGGAUUUGAUGGAAAUGUCAUUAUUUGGGACACUAACAGGUGUACAGAAGAUGGGUGUCCACAUAAGAAAUUUUUUCACACACGUUUUCUUAUGCGAAUGAGAUUAACUCCAGAUUGUUCCAAAAUGUUGAUCUCAACAUCCUCUGGAUAUCUCUUGAUUUUGCAUGAUCUUGACUUAACCAAGUCUUUAGAAGUAGGCAGCUAUCCCAUUUUGAGAGCAAGAAGAACUACAUCAAGUUCAGAUCUGACUACUUCAUCAAGUUCAUCUGGUCCUAGAGUUUCUGGUUCACCUUGUCAUCAUAGUGAUUCUAAUUCAUCUUCUGAGAAACACAUGUCACGAGCCUCGCAAAGAGAAGGAGUUUCACCACGAAAUAGUCUUGAAGUCUUAACCCCUAAAGUUCCUGGUGAGAGAGACCGUGGAAACUGCAUCACAUCUUUACAGCUGCACCCAAAAGGCUGGGCCACUCUUCUUCGGUGCUCAAGCAACACUGAUGAUCAGGAGUGGACUUGUGUCUAUGAAUUCCAAGAAGGAGCUCCGGUACGACCUGUCUCACCUCGCUGUUCUCUACGACUGACUCAUUACAUUGAAGAAGCCAAUGUAGGCCGGGGUUAUAUCAAAGAGCUUUGCUUCAGCCCUGAUGGGCGAAUGGUUUCUUCCCCACAUGGCUAUGGGAUUCGAUUGUUGGGAUUUGACAAACAGUGCAGUGAACUUAUUGACUGUUUGCCCAAAGAAGCCAGUCCCCUGCGGGUGAUCCGUUCUCUGUACUCUCAUAAUGAUGUUGUACUGACGACAAAGUUCUCCCCAACACAUUGUCAGAUUGCCUCAGGGUGCCUUAGUGGACGGGUUUCUUUGUAUCAGCCAAAGUUUUAGGCACAACUUACAACAAAAUAAGCAACUCUUCUGGUGUUUGACAUAUAAAUUGCUUCAAUUUAGGUGAAGUAUUUUCUUUUUAGAAGAUCUUAAAAGUUUUGGUCAAGACCUGAUUCUUAUGGGUCCAUGAACACACCUGUGACCUGAGGACUUGGUCGUCCAGCAUCAUAGGGGCAUUGCCAAGUUAGACUCUAUGCAGCAGCAUCUUUUGCAGCAUUCCUCAGCUCCUGCUGAUCUGUGCCACUGAACCCCAGGUAUUCUGGUUAUUUUGCAUGUUAGCUCUUGUUGAGUUUCUUUUUUCUUUUUUGAUUUUGGUGUGAAUUUUGUGGACAUUUGGCAGGAGUUUUGGUUGGGUUAGAAGAAAUCUGUGACACUAGAAUAAAACCCAAACAUUUCAUGUUGGCAUACUGAUUGUUGAAAAAGAAAUUUUAUCUUCCCUUACCAGUAUACUUGGCCUUUUAAAGUUGCUGUUAUGUUUCUCAAUAAUGAGCACAGAUAAUGGCAUUAUUCUCAUAACUGUUGGAUAGUCUUUCAACAAAAUGUCUUUUAACCUUUUGCACUCGGAUGUCAAGUGUGACUCGACACGGUUAGCAUUAGAAUAAAGGAAUCGAGAAAAAAGCAAGCGAGUGCAAAGGGUUAAGCUUCCUGUUAAAAUUAUACAUAUUUUUCACCAUGAGAGGGUUUUGUUGUGACAUUCUAGAAAAAAUAUUAUCACCUCUCUUUGUAAUUUACUUUACUUGUAUGAAUUUUAAAAUCUCUAGCAUGUGUCCUUACUUGGUAUUUUGUUCCUGUCAGCAGCAUUAGGGAAGAAGAGGGGAGAAGGAAUGGGAUUUGGUUGUUUCUGUUGUUUAGAAGAGUAUUUAUUUAUUGGAUUAGUACACUACCUGACCACAGAGUGAUGAGAACAAUGUGGCUCAGAUAUUCUGUUUUCUCUGCCAGGUUAUUUGAAUCACACAGGAUGACAUGUUAUAGUAUUGGGGUGGAGGGGGAAUCGAGAGUAAAGAGAUGGGUUUUACUCAUAUUUCUUUCAUGAGCCAGAUGGCACACGGUCAACUCUUUGCAUUAGUGAGAGGAGAACUGCAGUCCUCUUCAAGCUGUUGGCAUAAAUGUGGUAGUCAGUGGCUUGGAUGUCAAGACCGAGCUGAUAUGAAGACCUUUCGUUGUGUUUUGUUAUGGAGCACAGCAAGUAAAAAGCAUAGAGCAGGGCUUAAGCCAAGGCUGACUGCUCUGCUGAAGUUAGGGGCUUUCCUCUAGUCUCCUCCACUGGGAAUGGUUUGGUGUUCAGAAGGGUUUGCCAGAGGCUAGAGUAAUUUAAGUCACAUGCUGGCUUCUUCCCUCUGGAUCACAUUCUCUUAGGCCAGUUGCUCUCAAACAUUGGGGUACAUUAUAAUAACUGAGGAGCUUGUGAAAAAUACAGAAAAUGCCCUUACCUUAGGAGAUUCUGAUUCUGCCAGGGAGAAGACAGGAAUCUGUAUUUUAACAGGAACACCAAGUAACCUUUAUUCAGAUGGCCCUGUUUAUAAAACACUACCUUCAACAUCAGUAAAUACUUUUGUACCUAUCAGGUGCUUAACACAACUCCCAGAAGGUGUUUUGAUUAUUUUUUAAUAAUAAGUAAAUGAAAGCAAUUUUAGAGGUAGAAAAUAACAUAAAAUGGAAUCCAUUUCAUUUUUUAAGGAAUGAGAGAAGUGACUUGCUUGAAGGUUAUCCUAAAAAAUUAGUGGCAGAGCCAGGACUCAAAUUCAAGUCUCCUAAUUCCUUGCUCAGGGCAAUUUCUACUGUAUUAUGCUGUCUGUUAAAACAAUGACUAUGAACACUUUAUUUUGUCUUUAAUUUGUAUUAUUGUGAAUACCCUUAAACUGGCUAAGACAUUGAAAAAAGGAAGGCAUGGGAGUAGAUGCUGAGAAUUCCAGCCAUAUGAAGAAAAGCAUUUUACAUCUUAUAAAAAUGUUUAAGCAACCCAAAUACAUGAAUAAAAAUGACUUUUUUGGGGGGGGAGGGGGGACUAGGACCUACCAGACAACCAUUCACACAUGUAUAAAGGUUAUACCUCACUUGGAACAAUGUUGGCCCUAGGACAAAUUUUUAAAAUUAGAUCAAUUUACCAUGGAUGUUUAAAAUUUGGAAAUUUUUUAGUCAUCAAAAAAAAUUAUGACAAAGUACAGUGGAAACACAGGUUUAACAUAAACUUAAAAAAACACAUUUAAAAGGAAGUUUUUGAGGCAAAAACACUUAAAUGUUAACAUUAAAAAUAAGCUACUAAGUAUAACGAUUGUAUUGAUAAUCAAAAGAAGGUUCCAUAAAUUGCAUCCCCUUUGGAGAGAGUUCCAUGUCAGAUAUUGGGCACACAUAUUGCCCAGCUCUAAACUUAAGUCAUGAUUGUUUAACCACCAUAGAGCAUCUAUCCCAUGUCAAAUAAUGGACAUACUUUACUACUGAUCCUCACAGAAACCUUACAAGGUAGGUGGAUGAGUACCAAUUUACUUGGAGGAAAUGGAGGGUCAGAAAAUUUAAGUGAUUUGCCUUAAGUCGCAGAGCUAGGUGGCAUCACUGGGAUUCAAACCCUGGUCUGUUUUAGUCCAAAGCCUGUGCUUAUUACCCUACCAUUGUGCCCUUUGGUUUGUAAAGGAUGGUAAACUGGCCAGUUAAUUUACUUGUUUUGCAUCCUCUGAAGUUCUUUAUUACAGAGCUGGCUUACCUUCUGCACCAUGUAAAAGAACAUUUAUAAGAUUAACAGUUUCCAUUAGAAUUAAUACUAUAAACUGCAGAGCAUACAUACAGUCCAUUCCUAACUAAAAAACAUCAAGCAGGACAUGUAACUAUAAAAUAAAGAAAAAUAGAGGAUAGCCUUGUAAAAAAAAAAAAAAAAAAAAAAGAGCUGCACAGAUUAAAUGGGCUGUUAAUGUAAAAAUUAACAGCCAGCUAAGAAAACCUUCAUUCUCUAUGAGGUAUGGUCAUGAUCAAAAAGUCAUCAGGUAUAUUAAGGAAUUAAAAGUCAUCAGGAAUAGUAUACUAUUAGAGGAAAUUACAUCUUAUAAUUAAAAGGUCCCGUUUCACUUAGUGUAAAAUCUAAUGUGUUUUUUACUCUAAAUUUUAUUUAGUCAUUUUUAUUCAUGAUAGUUGGUAAAUGUAUUAUAAUUGGUAACAUAGUAUAAUUAUUGGGAAGUGUAGUAUAAACUAUACUUUGGUUUUAAAAAGCUUUCUGCAGAACAGUAUCUUUAUGGCAAUGCUAUGUUGAAUGAGUUUAGGACCAUCAAAUGCCUAGUAGUUCCUUAUUUUCAAUUGUGAAAAUGAAGUGGCUAAAGCAGAUGAGAUCUCUAUUUUAAUCUUUUGAAAAUGUGUGUGAUCUUUUUUCUCAGAAUCCCAAAGAACAUGUAUAUUUUGUCAUUUCUGCUUGUUACAUCCUGAGAAGAAGCUAUACCAAAAAUUUUAGAAAAACAAGGAAAAGGUAGAUCACACGUUCCCCAUUUCUGUCUAGAACCAAAAUCCCAUUAUACUAUCAGUAUUAAAGUUUUGUUUGCUAGAAAGUGCAGUGUAGGAAAAAUAUUCUGAGAAUCUUUUAGAAGCCUAAUAUUUCCCACUUAGUCAGAAUAUAUGGUAUUGGCAUUCAUAAAUACCUGUUAAGCUUGUGUUUAGCAAGAGAAAUAUUCUGAUAACUUACUAAUGACAAUCAUCCCCAUUUAGCAACCAGCAGUGACAGAGAGCUAUGAAGUUUCAUUAAGUAAUAAACUGUGUUGGUCAUAAAGCAUAUAUAUGAAUUGUUGGAUAACUAAUGCAUAUCUCUUAAGUGCCAAAAUUUAAAACUUGUAGUUCUUUUUGAUGUCUUUCAAAUAUGUUAGUAUACCUCCCUGCCUUCUUAAACAGCAUGCUCAGUAUAAUUCACUUUUUCAUGAUGAAAAGUAAAAGUUAUAUUCAUGUAUCAUUACAAAUAUUCAAUGAGCUCUGAUGUAUAUAAAAUAAUUCAUAAAAUGUAAAGGGCUAUAACAAAUAUGAGUUAAUAUCAAUUAUUAUAAAGUGAUUCCCGCAGCCCUGAGGUAUAUGUAAUCGUUUGCCUCAGAUUGCUGGUGUUUUGUUUUUAAUUUAAAAAUGUUUUAUAUCUGGCUAAGCAGUUUAUUCUGUCUCCUUCCACACUAUCAAUAUGUCUGCCUCUAAGAGAGUCCCUACUUCCUUCUAAUGUGCUGUGUUCAUGUUAUGAGCUGGGACAUGAGAUAACCAAGCCUGCUUAGUGUCUGAAGAUGUGGACAAGCUCUGGGUGCACAGUCUUUGAGAUGGCUCUUUUGGUUGUUUACCACCUUUCUGACAGGUUCACAUAACCUUCUGGAUAAUAUAAGUUUCCAGUAAAGGCCUAGCCUAGUGUUUGGUUUUGUUUUUAGUUGCCACUAAGUAUAAUACUUCAAGCGAAGGGUGUUGCUAGAUUAAGGAACAAACAGCAAUGUACCAAAGAAUAGCAAAGCAACAACAAAGGCUCUGUAUUUGCACAGGGGUCUUGCAUGCUUCUAAGAAAAAAGAAUAAUACUGGGGGGGAAACAAUGAAAAUCAAAUCCAGAUAGACUUAAGAGUAUUUUUUAUGCCAUUAAAUAACUAUUAAAAUAUAUCCUUAAAUUAUCACAUGUUGUUACAAAGACACAGUUUAGUCUCAUUGCAGAAUAAGAUUGUACCAAAAUUUAUACCCUAAAGAUGAUUCCUAAGAAUUUCUCCCAUUCAAAUGAUAAUAGAAAUGAUUAUCAAAAGGAAAGUCUCAAAUGUACCAGUAUUCUGCUCUUUAGUUAUAAAUGAAUUAGUGGUAGUAAUAUGGGUUUUAUCAAAAGUUCCAAGGAACACAUCUCACAUACACACAGAUCCUAUAUGUAUGUGUAAUAAAUGUCACUAUAAAUAAAAAUGUCACCCGAAGGUAAUAAAAUAAUUUUUAAAUUUAAA